CAGAGAUGUUUUUGUCAAUGACUGGAUAUUUCAUUAGAAAUCCAAAGACUACUAUUAACUUGAAUUAUUUUCAUAGCUCUGAUCAACUUUUAGGCUAUGCCCAGGAGGAACGGCUGAAAGAAGAGGAGGAAAUAAAAGAGGAAGAGGAAGAGGAGGAGGACGGCGGUUCAGUAGCUCGAUGUCAGGGUGGCAACGACACGGGGACAGAUGAGGAGGUAGAAACAGGCUGCGAGCAGAAAGGCUGCUUCAGCUACCAGAACUCUCCUGGGAGUCACUUGUCCAAUCAGGAUGCUGAGAAUGAAUCUCUGCUGAGCGAUGCCAGCGACCAGGUGUCGGACAUCAAGAGCAUCUGUGGCCAGGAUGCCUCGGACAAGAAAGCCAACCCUCACCCCAAGCUGCCGAACGAAGCCCACAAUUGCAUGGAUAAAAUGACGGCCGUCUACGCCAACAUCUUGUCUGACUCCUACUGGUCCGGCCUGGGCCUUGGCUUCAAGCUGUCCAGUACUGAGCGGAGGAAUUGUGACGCCCGGAAUGGCAGCGGCAAGAAUGACUUCGAUUGGCACCAAGACGCUCUGUCCAAGAGCCUGCAGCAGAGCCUGCCUUCUCGGUCGGGGUCCAAGCCCAGCCUGUUCAGCUCGGUGCAGCUGUACCGGCAGAGCAGCAAGGUCUGCGGCUCCGUGUUCACGGGCGCCAGCAGGUUCCGCUGCCGCCAGUGCAGCGCCGCCUACGACACCCUGGUCGAGCUGACCGUGCACAUGAACGAAACGGGCCACUACCAAGACGACAACCGCAAAAAGGACAAGCUCCGACCCACGAGCUACUCCAAGCCCCGGAAAAGGGCUUUUCAGGACAUGGACAGGGAGGACGCUCAGAAGGUUCUGAAGUGCAUGUUCUGCGGCGACUCCUUCGACUCCCUCCAAGACCUGAGCGUCCACAUGAUAAAAACAAAACAUUACCAAAAAGUGCCUUUGAAGGAGCCGGUGCCAACCAUCUCCUCCAAGAUGGUCGCCCCGGCCAAGAAACGCGUCUUUGACGUCAAUCGGCCGUGUUCCCCGGAUUCCACCACCGGGUCCUUCGCCGAGUCCUUCCCCUCCCAGAAGAGCGCAGCCCUGCAGGUGGCCUCCAACAACCGCUACGGCUACCAGAACGGCGCCAGCUACACCUGGCAGUUUGAGGCCUGCAAGUCCCAGAUCCUCAAGUGCAUGGAGUGCGGCAGCUCCCACGACACCUUGCAGCAGCUCACCACUCACAUGAUGGUCACGGGUCACUUCCUCAAGGUCACCAGCUCUGCCUCCAAGAAGGGGAAGCAGCUGGUGUUAGACCCGCUGGCCGUGGAGAAAAUGCAAUCCCUGUCGGAGACGCCCAACAGCGACUCCCCGGCCCCCAAGCCAUGGGGUAACUCGACGUCUGACGGUGCAGCCUCCACCACCGAGCUGAAGAGAGAGCGUAAGAGAGAAAGACCGGAGGAGACCGGCCAGGAGGACAAAGUCGUGAAAAGCGAGGAGUGUGAAGACCCUUUGCAAAAGCCCUUAGACCCUACGAUAAAAUACCAGUAUCUGAGGGAGGAGGAUCUGGAAGAUGGCUCAAAAGCUGGAGGGGACAUUUUGAAAUCUUUGGAAAAUACUGUCACCACAGCCAUCAACAAAGCCCAAAACGGGGCUCCCAGCUGGAGCGCGUACCCCAGUAUCCACGCAGCCUACCAGCUGUCAGAGGGCACCAAGCCACCCUUGCCUAUGGGAUCUCAGGUCCUUCAGAUUCGACCUAAUCUCACCAACAAGUUGAGGCCAAUUGCUCCCAAGUGGAAGGUGAUGCCUCUUGUUUCUGUGUCCACGAACCUCGCCCCAUACACCCAAGUCAAGAAGGAGUCGGAAGGCAAAGAUGAAGGUGGGAAGGAAAGUCCCCACCAAGAGGCCUCCUCCGUCAGCCACAGUGAAGGGGAUUCUUUCUCCAAAAGCGAAAUGCCUGUAGAAUCCAAAAAGGCCGAGCCAUGUCCCCUGAAGGAGGAGAACAAGCUGAUGAAGGAGGUUGGUGAGAAAGAGAAACCACAGCCCCUGGAGCCUACGUCUUCUCUCAGCAAUGGCUGUGCCCUGGCCAACCACACCACGGCCCUGCCGUGCGUCAACCCGCUCAGCGCCCUGCAGUCCGUCUUGAACAAUCACCUGGGUAAAGCCACAGAACCCUUGCGCUCACCUUCCUGCUCCAGCCCGAGCUCAAGCACAAUGUCUAUGUUUCACAAGUCAAAUCUCAGUGUCAUGGACAAGCCAGUGUUGAGUCCCACAUCCACGAGGCCAGCCAGCGUGUCCAGGCGCUACCUGUUUGAGAACAACGACCAGCCCAUCGACCUGACCAAAUCCAAAAGCAAGAAAGCCGAGUCCUCGCAAGCACAAUCCUGUACGUCCCCACCUCAGAAGCACGCUCUGUCUGACAUUGCCGACAUGGUCAAGGUCCUCCCCAAAGCCACCACCCCAAAGCCCGCUGCUUCUUCCAGAGUCCCGCCCAUGAAGCUGGAGAUGGACGUCAGGCGCUUCGAGGAUGUCUCCAGUGAAGUGUCGACUUUGCAUAAGAGAAAAGGCCGGCAGUCCAACUGGAACCCUCAGCAUCUUCUGAUUUUGCAAGCUCAGUUUGCCUCAAGCCUCUUCCAGACAUCAGAGGGCAAAUACCUGCUGUCUGAUCUGGGCCCGCAAGAGCGUAUGCAAAUCUCAAAGUUUACGGGACUCUCCAUGACCACGAUCAGCCACUGGCUGGCCAACGUCAAGUACCAGCUUAGGAAAACGGGUGGGACGAAAUUUCUGAAAAACAUGGACAAAGGCCACCCUAUCUUUUAUUGCAGUGACUGUGCCUCCCAGUUCAGAACCCCUUCUACCUACAUCAGUCACUUGGAAUCUCACCUGGGUUUCCAAAUGAAGGAUAUGACCCGAAUGGCAGUGGAUCAGCAGAGCAAGGUGGAGCAAGAGAUCUCCCGGGUCUCGUCGGCUCAGAGGUCCCCGGAGACGAUAGCUGGCGAAGAGGAUACAGACUCUAAAUUCAAGUGUAAGUUGUGCUGUCGGACAUUUGUGAGCAAACAUGCAGUAAAACUCCACCUAAGCAAAACGCACAGCAAGUCACCCGAACACCAUUCACAGUUUGUAACAGACGUGGAUGAAGAAUAGCUCCACAGGUACGGGGUUGCUGCCAGGCGGUUGUCGCCGUGGCGUCGGGAAGGAGCUUCUUGGAGGGAGACGGGUCUGCUAAGAGGCAGCUACCGUCUCCCAGUGCCAAGAAGGAGAGUAGCUUGCUGGAGUAGGAUGUAUUUUUAUGAACGACCAGAAUGUGAAAAAUAAGCCCUGGCCGUUCUCUCAAGCCCUCCAGUUGAGAGUCAAGGACUAGAAUGAAAUGGGUUUAGAGAGAUGACGUUAAAGGCCUCCAUUACGCAUGGUCCCCUGUGUUACCCAAGGUAACCUCCAGCGUCCAGCCAAGGACACCCCUCAUUCUAACUGAUAAUUACUAACUUCCCUCACUAUCCCCUUUCACCACCCCACCUGCCCAUAGCAAUGCUAAGUGAUGAAAAGCUGAGUAACAGAGUCAAGAUUGGAGCGUUGCUAGAAGCGCUCACUCUACAGAGAUUUCUUAAUCAGCUCAUGAGGAGCUUAAAGCUGUCUUUAUUAUUGUUACUGGUAAUUAGUGCUUUUUGUUUACUUUUAGCAAUGGCCAUCUUUCACCGCCUUCCUUUUGCUGACCUUCUCCAUUGAGUUUUCUAUGAAAGAGCACGUGUCCUUGACGGGACAGUAGUAAAACCUUCUCUGCAGAACACUGAGAUGAAGAGAGAAGAAGCUUAUUUUCUUCUCUCUCAUUUUUUGCUUUUCUUGAGGCUAGACGAAUAGCAGAGUCUACCUUGAACAAAGAUAGAUGCAAAGCAUGCCUUUGAGAUUUUGCUGUACAUAAAUAAACAAAUGGCUGUCUGCACACCUGUUGUCAAUGUGCACGGGGCCUCACAGCUUCAAGAUAAUUUGCCUCACGUAUCAUAGAAGUUCCAUGCCUCAUGAAGGCACAGAUGCCCAAACUAUCUAUGAGGACAGAGACCAAGGUUGAUGACUUUGGCAGAUAAGUCUCACCAGACAUUUUCAGAUGUUGAGAAGAAGCCAGGCUAAGUCUUAACAAAUCUUUUUCUUGUCCCCUUUUAUAAUUGACUCGUCUCUCCCUUCCAGCAUGAGACCUCCCCACAUGCUAGGGGGCUCACACCUAAUCAGGUUGUCCUCUACCUCGGGUCACACCCCAUGAGGGGGGCCCAACCUGCACUAAACCUAUUGAUGUCAUGCUACGUUACAGAUCUGCUCUUCCUUAGUUAAUUCACAGUGAGAUAGGACAACCUAAAGCCGGUGUGACAUAGAAGCCUCACAGCCCCCUGUUGUCAGAGCAUUUGUUUUUAAAUAAGAGACUUUCAGAACGGGGGUAGGACGCUAGGAAAGAUCCAGGUGGAGAGGGGUGUUCAUAUGCCUUGGCUUUGAGCACACCACACAUCAGGUAGAGAGAUUGACUAAGUAGGAGGAUGGCCAAAAGGAAAUAAAAGAUUAAAAUAUCCGAUCUGGACUUUUCCCUUGAUGAGAAGAUGUAAGCUUCUGAUAGGGGGAAUCAUCCUAUAACUGUAACAGCUAUCUGGGCCCAAAUGAAGUCUGUCCUUUCUGUUUGCAUGUUUUUAUCAUGAUAAUUAAAUGUGUUACUGGCAAAGUCACCUCUUCCUUUCCAAGCAUGAUUUGUUUAGCUCACGCUAUCGAAGGAAAAGCCAGAAUGCAUCCCUUGAAUCCACACGUGAGCUUGGGGCUUUACGGCGUUCUGUUUGUUUGCUUUGUAACGUUUCAAAUUUUAUAUAAUUUGCUAUUAUGCUUUUCUGGUCCUAAAAAUAAAAAAAAAAAAUGUGGACAUACACGGAAUAUCUUAAGAGAAGAAAGAUGUUUCAGAUCUAAUAGAGGUGGGUCGAAACCGCGGUGAUGAGGACAAUUAGGUAAUGUUUAUUUGUGCUGCAAUAAAGACCAAUUUUUCCACCUGUUAGGUUUGUAAUAAUUUUUUUAAGUUACUAUCACUGCCAAAACACUGGGCUAUGUAAAUAGGGAGAGAGAAAGAAAAGAAAGCUUGCAUCUAUCCUUAAGCAAAAUCGGAGAUGUAUAAUAUCUGUUCUAGGGACGUGAAGAUAAACCAAUAAUUUGGAAAGACAAACACAAAAGGUACUUUCAAAUCGGUUCAAUACGUAGAUAAGAGAGCUAUGUCUGCAUCUCCCUACAUUGGUACAGAAUAAAUAUUUCUGACUUGGACUUUGAAAGCAGUGUUGUUAUAUAAAACCGAAGCACCAUCUUUACACGAUCAUCCUUAGGCUGUACUUCUGAGGUUAUAGAAAACCAGGUUUGAGUAUUUGAGAUUCACUCGAAGCAAUGGGAGUGGAUGUAUGUUGUAUAUAUAGGAAAGAUGGUGCAGGUUCUGGGGUUCAUGUUAAUACUGAAACCAUUCCAGUCGACCUGAAGGUACAAAGGUGGCUUCUUGGAGACUUGGUCACCUAGGAAAGGAUGCCUCCACUUUGGGGGCAUUUAUGCGAUACCGUACCCACUGCUUAGAAUUACCAUAUGCAUAUUUUAUGUUUUAUAUUUUUAACUGGUCAUAAAAUGGCAUCACAGUUAUCUGGAACUCUAAUCUUCUUUGGUAUGUGUGAUCGCACAAAUGAUGUAAAAUGCUAUGGUGUUUUAGGAAGCCCGGUCAACAGUUUAUGGAAAAUUGGGGAGCUUUACCACAUCUGCUUUCUGAAAGAUGAAAAUUUUGACCUGGAUUUUCUUUCCUUUCUUGGCUAUAUCUUAAAUCCUGCAAAAUGC